UUCCCUCCCUUCUCCUCCUUGUUUUGUAGCCUGUCAGUCAUUCCUAGAUCGCACUUUUCACUUUCUCGAAGUCGGAGCUAGAGAGAAAUCUCGAAGAAUCUGCUAAUGAUUGCUUCUGAAGGCCUGCAGUUCAGUUAUAUCCAUCUGUAGGCCGCGUCUGAAACGUCUCAGACGUCUGAAAGCACAUCGCUGGAGAUCUGGUUUGGUCUUCAUCGUCAAGCUGAUUUGCGUUGUCCUCAGGUCGUCAGCUGAAUUGGUCCACAUAUCUUGAGCUUUGUGUUUGCUGCCGCGUUCUCAUCCUCGUCGAGUAUGGCGUCGAGCAAGUUUGUGGACCAAGUCGAUGUUCUCGGCGACAUCGUGAGGUCUUGGACACCUGAAAAUCGAGAGGAUGUGGAAGCGAAGCUUUUGGCAGAGUUGGAGGUCGAGACAAUGGUGGUGUUGCACGGAUCUGCCGACAGAGAGACCGGAGACGAUGACGACGGAGUUGCGGCCUUAGGAAGGGUGUUGCAGCAGCGCAGUUUCCCUCGAGUCAAAACUCUGGGCCUCGUUUACUGCCGGCUGAAACAAGAGCAAUCCGUGGCCGAGAUCGCCACGGCGAUCGGGGCAGGAAAUCUACCGAAUUUGGAAACUUUGAACUUCGGAAGCAAUUCCAAGAUAGGCGAUGCAGGUGCCAAGCUCCUGGCCGAGGCUCUGGGGUCGGCCAAGCUCCCCGGUCUGCACCGCCUGCAUCUGAUCGACAGCGGUGUCGGAGACGAGGGUUUGACAGCCUUGGCCAAUGCCCUGGGCACGGGCAAUACUCCCUCGCUGACGAGAUUGCACGUGGGCAGCGAGAACGAGGUGUUCCACAGCUCCGGAGCCAGCACUUUGGCGCAAGUCUUCGGAUCCGGGCACCUUCCAGCUCUGGAGGAUCUGAGCCUGCAAGGCUUGGUCGACGAGGAAGGAGUGGUGGCUCUUCUGAAGGCUCUGGAAUUGGGCAAGGUGGGAGAGUUCAAGAACUUGGACUUGAGCAAUUGCAAGUUCGGGCUGGAGGGAGCCAAGGCUCUUGCCGACGUGCUGCAAACACCGCAAUUCUCCACCCUGCGGCUGCUGGAUCUCCAAGGGAACCCGGCCAUCGACGAUGCAGCGAUUCUGGCUCUGUCCGCAGCGUUCAAGUCCAACAACCUGAGCAAUCUCCGCUGCCUGGGCCUGAAGAAGGUGUCGAUGAGCGGGGCGGGGCUGCUGGAGCUGGCCUCCGUGCUGGAAUCGGGCCACCUGCCCGGCCUCAUGGAGCUGUUCGCCGACGGUGCCGAGAACACGCCGGCCAGCGCCGAAGCCCUGGUCAGGGCGUACGAGAAGAACACAGCUCUGGUUGCUCUGAUCACCAUCGACUGGCCUACGACCCCCGAGGUGACGGCCGAGGACUGGCCCAGCGCCACUCUGCAGGGCAACGCCGACUUCUUCAAGAGGAGGAACAAGGACCGACAGAUCGCCAUGUCCAGGCAGUUCCGAGGCACGGUGGACAGUGAGGCGUCCGAGGAGAAUGCCCAAGACGCCAAGGAUGUCGAGACUCUGCCCGAGAAGAAGGAGACCUCGGAGUUGAAGCCUUGGAAGCGCGGCCUCUCGUUCGCCAGGCGGGAUGUCCCCGUGGAAAUCAAAGUCUGCAGUUAAAUCUCGCUAGAUUUAAAGUAUCGAUCAUUCAUCAUCCAUUCAUUCAUUCAGUCAGUUCGGUCGCAAUCUUUCAAAAAUGUGCCAGGCAUUAAAUUUAUGGGCAAUGUCAGUGUACUCAAGCAUCGACGAGGUCCUGACUGACACUCGAUCGAUCUUCUGAGUUUAGGAUGGAAUUGGGUGUCAGCAGGAACAAAUUUCCCACAUACUAUGUAUCGUACCUAGAAAUAUUAACUUCAGGACAGCACCGCCAAACACAAGCAUGCUGGUUGAUUCUUCGGUGCACCGGUAUAUGUAAAUAAAUCCUUACAUUUGAAGUUUUGGCG